AUGAAAUUGUUUAAAAAAAUAAUUAAAUAAUAGAGAAUGUACUUGAUCAAAGUAAAUAAUAAACAUAUAAAAAUUAAGGAUAAAUUAAAGAUAUAAAUAAAUAAAAAUAAAUUUUAUAAAAUUAAUAAAAAUAAAAAAUAAUCAAAAACUAGAUUAAGAAUAAGAAUAAGAAUAAGAAUAAGAAUAAGAAUAAGAUUAAGAAUAAGAAUAAGAAUAAGAAUAAGAAUAAGAAUAAGAAUAAGAAUAAGAAUAAGAAUAAGAAUAAGAAUAAGAAUUAGAAUUAGAAUAAGAAUAAGAAUAAGAAUAAGAAUAAGAAUAAGAAUUAGAAUUAGAAUAAGAAUAAGAAUAAGAAUAAGAAUAAGAAUAAGAAUAAGAAUAAGAAUAAGAAUAAGAAUAAGAAUAAGAAUAAGAAUAAGAAUAAGAAUAAGAUUAAGAAUAAGAAUAAGAAUAAGAAUAAGAAUAAGAAUAAGAUUAAGAAGAAGAAUAAGAAUAAGAAUAAAAAUAAGAAUAAGAAUAAGAAUAAGAAUAAGAAUAAGAAUAAAAAUAAGAAUAAGAAUAAGAAUAAGAAUAAGAAUAAGAAUAAAAAUAAGAAUAAGAAUAAGAAUAAAAUAAAAAUUAAAAUUAAAAUUAAAAUGA